CAAGCGAAAACAGUCUUGAAAUGACGUCACUCUAACGGGACCUUAGUUUUAGUUUUUUUACCUACUAGCCAUAUGAUAAUCGACUAUUGAAGGGAGAGUUUGUUUUAACUUGUAAUAAUCGCCAUUCAACAUGACAAGUUCAAUAAAAUACGUAAAGCCUGAUAAAGGUCAAGACAAAUUCCGAUGUGAAAUUUUUCAGUUAAUGGCAUCCAAAAACCUCUGUGAUGGAGAAAUCAUUCUAGUUGAAGAACAAACGCGGUUUCAAAUUCAUAAAGUCAUUUUGGCUGCUUGUAGCCCAUAUUUCAGAGCUAUUUUUACAUGUGGUAUGAAAGAAUCGAUAAGUGGGAAAGUAGUUAUACCCGGUAUUUCCAAAGAUAUCAUGACUAACAUCGUGAAAUACGCUUACACGAAUGAGAUUGAAAUUACGGAAGAAAACGUCCAAGUUCUACUCUGUGUCGCAAAUCGAUUAGCUAUAAGUAGUGUUCAAAAAAUGUGUGAAGAAUUUCUAGCAUCUCGGCUAACUGUGUACAACUGUAUUGGAAUAUAUCAAUUUUCAAAAUUUUACGCUUGCACUAUCCUGAUACGAAAAAGCUGGAGUUUUAUCUUAGAACAUUUUACGGUAGUUUCAAAACUUAGCAGCGAGUUUUUAAGUUUGACGUGUAACGAAUUGGAAGAAAUAGUCCGGGAUGACUGUUUAAAUGUCAAGGAAGAAGAAUCUGCGUUCUUAGCAUGUCAAAGAUGGAUCAUGUUCGAACCGAAGAUCCGUGCCAGUUUUUCAAAACGACUUUUUCAAAAUUUACGCAUAGGUCUCCUACACCCAGAUAUUUUAGAUAAACUAAAGAAAAACUCGGUUACUGAAUAUAAAGCAAGUAUUUACCUUAGCCAACUUUAUAAAGAUAUUUCAUUAUAUUUGCAUGAAAUGCCUACUAUUUUCCGGCCGCGGAUUCCUAGUGAAGUAAUCUUUAUAACAGGCGGCUACGGUCUGGAUGGAAUUAUGUCGAAUAUGGAAACGUAUGAUGCUCGUACGAAUCAAUGGUUUAUUCUUAUAAAUCCGGCUCAUUGUCUUCGAGCUUAUCAUGGCACCGUGGUUUUGCAUGAACAAAUAUAUAUUCUUGGAGGAUACAAUGACAAUAAUAAGUAUUACAACGGUGUGCACCGAUUUGAUAUUGCAACGCGUCAGUGGCAAGAAUUAUCGCCAAUGCACUUUAGCCGCUGCUACGUUGCAAGUACUGCGUUAAAUGGACGAAUUUAUGCUUGCGGUGGUCAUGAUGGACUGCAGCGGCAUCGAGCGGUGGAGUGUUACCACAGAUCAAGCAAUCAAUGGGUUUUGGUCGCUCCUAUGCGGUAUACAAGGAGUGAUGCUGGGAUAGCACCUCUUAAAGGAAAGCUUUAUGUUUGCGGCGGUUUUGACGGACUGACCAGUCUAAAUACUGUGGAAGUCUACUGCGCCAAAACGGACCAGUGGACACUUCUGGAGAACAUGUCCACUCAUCGCACGGGUCUCAGUGCUGUGAUUCUAAACGCAAACCUUUACAUUCUUGGAGGAUUCAAUGGACAACACCGACUGAGGUCAGUGGAGAGAUACAAUAUCCAUGAAAAGAAGUGGUCCCGUGUGAAGCCUAUGCUUGGUCGAAGAUCGAACUUUGCUGCUACCGUAUUGGAAGGUUUUAUUUACGUUAUUGGUGGCUAUGAUGGUCAAACUGUAAUAUCUACCGUUGAAUGCUAUGAUCCUUACAACCGGACGUGGUCGCCUCGUGCCGAUAUUCUUUACCCAAGAAGUGCAGUUAGUGCAACUACUUUGAAAUCACAAGAAUACGCACGAUAUUUUACAUUCUAUGGGCAAAAAGACAACACAUAACCGAAAAUGUAUUCUGGAUACGUAUGGGCGUUCUUGCAGUCAACAUGGCCAUUGUGGUAGCCGUGGUCAUCAAGGAAAACAUUUUGAUUCUUUGAGAAUUCUUUGUUUUAAAUUAAAAAAAAAUUUGUUUUUCAAUAUCGAAAAUGAAAUGAAGAAACAAAAAGAAAAUUAUAUUUUUGGAGAAAAUAUUUUACAAAACUGAAAAAGCAAAUCAAUGGUUUUAGAAGCAUGUUUCACAUCAAGUGAAAAAUAUAAACAUGCAAAAAAAUUUAAAGACGGAAAAAAAAAACAAGAGCAACAGUAAUAAAACAUAACA